UUCUGCUGUUCUACUGUGGCGGUGGCUGUGCUGCUGCUGAGUGCUACGUUAAAUCGCAUCGAACGGUUUUUAAAAGCGGUCGCAUACCACGGCACACACGGCUCUCCCGAUUAAAGGGCACACCUUGAAAGGGACAGAAAACUAGCACAAAAUGUUGAUACGCUGGAAGAGUAAAGAUAAAAGUGCAUCCGCAAAUCAAAAUGCCUGCGGCAGCAACAGUUCAUCAUCAAAGAAGAAACGCAAGGGGCGCGAAGGCGAAGAAGACUGGCAAAAUGAAAACAAAUCCGGACGAAUGCCGCCAAAUGAGCAGGGAGGCGGCGACGAACGACGACGCGCCAUGAGACGCGACGAUCCCAGGCGGCACACAUUGGGCGGCGACAUAAUGGUCUACGGUGGCUCCCAGCAUCCGCACGCACAUCAAAUGGCACCACAACAGCAGCGCGCCAUGGACCUAGAGAUGAGCACACGCGCUCAAAAGAACAAAAAGAAUCAGCCAAUGCGUGGCUAUGCGCCCGUCAAUCAGGGCCCGCUCUUUGAUGACGAUCCGGGCAUCAUGUCCGAGGUGGAGACGGCCAGCACAGGAUUUCGUCGUGGCGGCAAGCAGCGCUCCUCGCUGCCCGUUGUGCGCACCCCCUCGAAGACACUCGAGCGUCCGCUGGGCCUCGUCUUUCUGCAAUAUCGCUCGGAGACGAAGCGGGCACUGCUGCCGAACGAGAUCACCUCCAUUGACACGGUCCGUGCGCUAUUUGUGCGCUCCUUUCCGCGCCAACUGACCAUGUCGUACUUGGAGGGACCGAACGUGAAGAUUUACAUACACGACGCCAGCAAGGACAUGUUCUACGAGCUGGAGGAUGUGCGCUCGCAUCUGCGCGAGAUCCGCGAUCGCUCUGUGCUGCGCCUCUUCGAGUCCACAGAGGUGGCGGCACCGCCGCAAAUCUUGCCCGGCGGCCCUGGCAUACCCCAGCCCCUGCCCCAGGCCCAGGCACCCGCCAACUGGGAUCAGGAUCAAAGCUACUUCAGCGAACCAGAAUUCGAUUCGGACUACAAGCACCAGCACAUACACAAGUCCAAGAUUGGCAAACAGCCGGCGCCCUACUAUGUGGGCUCGUCGCAGACCUUGCCACGCGGCAUGUAUGGCUCAGAACGCAACAAAGUCUCAAUGGGAGCGCCUGUGAAACCACUCAGAUCAGUCAAUCCAAGGGGUAGCAUGGAACCCCUGUUUCCCUAUACCCAGGAUCAGUUAUACAGCAUUCCAGACGGCUAUACCAGCUCUCCGGAGCGCAGCAGCCGCGGCAACUACGAGGAGCCCUACUACAGCCAAUAUGGGACAAGGGGCGCCGUUGUGGCACCCAUCAUAGACGAGGAGCAGAGCGAUGUUGCCCUCACCGAGGAUCAGUAUGCAUUGUACGGCAUCAAGGUGCCGGGUCCCAAUCGGAUGGCGCAUCGCGGCAAUCAGAUCUACGAUCCCUCUAGGCCCGAGGAAUUGCAUCGCAUACGCGUGGAGCACAUGGAGCGACAGUUGGCCAAUCUGACGGGAUUGGUGCAGAAGGCUUUGGUUAAUCAGAAUCCACAAAUUGCACCACUGGCGGUGCCCACGCUGGACUCCAACUAUCUCGUUGUGCCAUCACAGUCGCAGAUGCAAGCAAAUGGCUCCGGGGACGACAUGUAUAUUCGGGAGAAGGCUCCCAAGUUAGGCAAGAACUCGUGCCAGAAAUCCGUGUCCUUUGAGAAAUCAGUAUCCUUUAGCGAUGACAUACAGGGCCACAAUCCCAAGUCCCAUAAUCCAGUACAUGCCGCUGAUACGAAACCUACAAAGCCGGCAAUCAAGUCGUCCACCCUACCACGCACAUCAUCACAAGAGCGUGAUCGCCUGAAGCCCCCUCCGCCGCCCAAGCCGAUUGUGCUGGCCCAGACGGCGCAUCCCAACUACCGUGCGGACAUAACGCUGGCCCCCGAGGUCUACAAUCAUCUGCGUGGGCUGCAAAAGAAAGCCAAGGAUCUGCGCAUGGAGGUGCGCACGCUGCGGCGUCUCUCCCAGGCUCAGGCCGUUGCCGUGCGGGAGGACAUCAAGGGCACAUUUAUGCGGAUUCGGGCCACGCUGCUGGCGAGCAGCGGCAGCUUCUGGGGCCAUCAGGGGGAUCAGGAUGCCACGCGUGUGACGCGCGAGGAGGAGCUGUACAAGCAGGAGGUCAUACGCCUUGAGAAGGAUCUCAGCGAUCUUGAGGCCUCGGUGGAAAAUCUGCGCGGUGAGGUAAUCAAUCGGCGUACACGAGUCAACAUGACCGCUGUCGAGGACAUGGCUCUGGUGUUAAGCCGCGCCAGCAAAACGGUGGCCGAACUCAAGCUCAAGUUUCCAUCUCUAUCGAAUGGCCUACGCUGCAUUCUGUCCAGCGAAAUGGAGAAGGUUGUGCGCGAAGAAAAGUUCCUCAAAGAAGAGCCCGAUCGGUUGGAGUCGGCGCUGCGACGCUGCAAGAAGCUGACUGGCACACUGGUGACGCUUAAACGCUUGGCUAGCGUGCAGGAGCAACGACUGCCGCCCAAUGAGCCGGCCAUUAGCGAAGAGCCACCCAGGUCUGCGGACAUCUCGGCGCCCGAUAAGCCAAUCCCAACACCCAGGAUGGGGUCGUUCGCUAUCAGCGGGGGACUCGCACCCGAAAACGCACUCGAUGCUCUGCUAGACGAGCUCAAGACAUUCUCCAAGCCCAUAGCCCAACAACAGCAGCAGCAGCAACAGCAGCAACAGCAACAGCAGCAACAGCAACAGCAACAAUACGAGAUUCGCCCCGAAGAUUCGGCAUCUGAUGAAAGCGCUAGCGCUGAGGCCGCAGUACAAAGCACCGUCACCACGCAAAUAUCGCAGGCCCGUCUCUACACGGAGGCCAACAUCAAUAUGCAACAGGCAACCACCAGCAGCAUGGUCAUUGCUGUGGCCACCGGCUCUGUGCCAGCACAACGAGGCGUGCUCACCCAUCAGCAGUCACAGUCGCAGUUGCAGCUGCAAUCACAACAGCAGCAGCAGCAGCAGCUGCAGCAACAUCAACAUCAGCAACAGCUCAUGGUGCACACAAAUAUGGGCAGCUUGCGGCGCCUUCAUUCCUAUCCCAGCGAGUCGGACAGCGAAAUACAGUUACCACCACCCACUGGGCCACGACCCAACGAUCCAACUCUGGCCAAUGGUGGCGGGAUCGGCAUCGGCACUGGCACUGGCACUGGCAGCAGCAGCAGCAACAAACCACCCGUACCCGAGCGAAAUGCUGAUCUGAUAACGAAAGUGGGCCACAAACGCAUACCGCCACCACCACCGCCACGCACCAGCUCACGCAGUCCACUGGCCAGUCCAACCAGCCCAAAUGUGCCACAGAACAUGGCUUCCGCACCAGCAGCAGCAGCAGCAUCAGCAGCAGCAGCAGCAGCGGUAGCGGCAGCAGCCAAUGCUAAUUCUAUUGCCCACUCAAAUGCCAAUGUCAAUUCAAUUGGAAUCGAUACGUCGGUUGUCGCCAGUGGCGACACAUCAAGCGGCGACAACUCAAGUGGCAAUGAGUCCGGCAACGAUCAUGUGCAACGCCAGGUGGCACUCGAGAUGCGCCACCAGGAGUUACUUAAGAAGCAAAAGUUGCUGCAAGAGCAGUAUCAGCGUUUGCAGAAAAUGAGCAAGCUUCCGUCGGUCGAUGUUACCUGCCCAUCGUCGCAGGACAUGGCUGCUGGGGCAGGCGGACAUGGCGGCAAUAAUACGUUGCGUAAGCUCGGCAGCGAGACAAAUAUUCAGCAGAAAAUCGCUGCAUUGAGCUUGGCCUGUGAGGCUAGUGGAGCCGCGGCUGCGGCGGCGGCGGCGUCGGCGUCGGCGUCUGCCGCGGCGGCUACCAAUGGUGUGUUGGUCAGUGAUGCUACGAGCGGUGUGAUCGGCGGCGCUGUUGGUGGUGGAGUAGUCGGGUCGUCUGGUGCGGUCGCUGCUGCUGCAAACUCUCAACACUCACAGACAGCCACAACGACCACCAAGCAGGUGUACGAGACGGAGAUACUUUAACACAACUGGAAAUUGGCGUGGAACGAAACAAAAAUUGACAUUUAAUCAUCACAUCAGUCAUUUUGGUGGCAGUCUCGUCUAACCCGAAUCUAUUCCCAUACGCCCGUGGUCAGAUCUAUCAGUCUAUCCCCAGCUACUACGGCUCAAAUAAUUUCACGUCCAUCAACCAAUGAAUGGAGGCACUAAACCCCGCAUUACCCGUAAUGUGUAAGCAUGGGCAGUAGCCGCCUUACCCACAGCCCACAGCCCAGUACUUGUAUCUAGCAGUUAGCAGCAGUUUCAUUUUCGAACAAACAUAAAUGUAUAAUGUGCAUGCGAUCGAUGUAUGAGCGAACGUGUUAGGUGUUGUCAAAAUGAAAAGGAAAACGAAUACGAACGAAUUUGAAUCGAAAAUCAAAACAAAAAGUACUGUAACACACAUACAUAUAUGUAUGUGUUCGUGGAGGCAACAGGCCACCCACCCCCCAGAAGAUCAAUGUUUUUAUUUAUGCAUUUUUAUGUAUGUUGCCCACAUCUGAUGUACUUGCUGUAUGUCCCCCCCCCCCCCACAUUGUUGUUGUUCCGAUGAAAUCGCACAUAAGCUUUAUGAACAUGAAUGAGAUAACCCCCAAAAUGAGAGCACGAGUAUAAUGCACCAGCCUCUGUCCGUCUGUCAGUGAGCAAGCGAGGGCAGAGCAGAGCAAAGAGACGCAGCUGAGCGGAAUGGAACGGAGCGAAGAACGAAGAAUCCAAGCAAGCGCUAAGCUUCACAGUAUAUCCGAGCAGAUAUCAUAAUCAGAAUCAGAUUUGCAUGCAUAUUUUAAUCUGUGUCCUGUGUCUGUGUUUAGAUGUUAAUGUAGCCAAUGUAGCUAGCUGUCUUAGCACUCAUUUAGGCCAGGAAAGGACGCAUGUUCCCACACACACACACACACACACAGCCGUACACGUAGUACACACAGCAAUUCCUCAUCCAAAACGUAUAUACGCAAGGCACAGCACGGCACACAAGAACACACAUUAUAACUAAUAAUUAUUAUGCAUAUGUAUGUACAGGAUCUACGUAUGUAUGUAUGUACGUUACAAAUAUGUCGAAAAAACAAAAAGAUUUUUAUUAUUACCUUGGCAUGGGACGUGAGACUGAUAGUUCUAUAUAUAUAUAGCUCAUCAAGAUACAAAAACGAAAAAACAAACAAAAAAUAAUGAAAAUAUUUUACUUAUUUUUGUUAUAGAAGGCAACUAGCUAAUUUUAUCCCAAUAUAUACGAGUAUAUUAAAAAACAAAACAAAAAAGAAAACAUCAGACACCAUACACCAAACCAAACCAAACCAAACACCACGCCACAAAUACUCCUUCCAAAAAGGGCCUUAAGUUGGAUCAAGAUCAAGAUUUGGAAUGGGUGUGGCCUAUUUUGGACUACCAAAAAUGUUAUUUGUUUAACGAUGAUGCGCCUAUCAAAUGGGCAACACAUAUGUAAAAAUGUAACCGAAGGCAUUUACCGCAUUAAACCGCAACAUACCGUAUGGAAUGUGUGUUGAGUCUGUCCAUAUCCGGACAGACCGGACAACGCCGAUACUUUUUGAAUAAUUUCAAUCAAUCAUUCCUUAUCGUUUUUAAUCGUGAUCAGGCGGUUCGGGUUAAGCCCUGACUGCAUAUCUUUUUUAGCAAAUGAAAAUGUUUUUUGUUUUGUUUUUUAAAUAGUUAAUUGAGAAUUGUUCACCAUAACACCCUAGCAUGCCUGUACGUGCAUGGCGGGGGGUGGGCUCAUAGGGUCAAUGGGAUGGUUAUAUCUUGUGCACAAUCAUAGAUUUUUGUAUUGUACGUGUUCUUUCAGUAUUACAUUUCAGUAUUAACGAAAGUUUAUUUACAACUUAUACUCAUAGUAUAACACACGAAUUAAGAGAAAUUUGUUGCACCUAAACCAGAUUCAAAUAUGGAUUAUGUAUCUAUCAAUUACGAGUUAAAUAUGUAAUACACAAAUCAUUCCCCAUUAUCAUUGUUCGAUUUUUCGAUGUCUAUGAAUAAGGGAGUAUGCAGAGCGCAGCGCCAAUUUCUUUCCUUCCCUAAUUUUGUUUUGUUUUUCGUGAAAACGGAAUCCAACGUCAACGAAUUAUAAAUCCGUUUUCAAGCGUGUGUGUUAGCAUAAGGAAGAACUCAAUCGAAAAUACAUAGAAACACUUUACAAGUAUAACUGAUACUCAUGCUAUAUGAUAAAUGAAUAGAUCUAUGAUAUGUAUGUCUGUAUAUCCAAUAGCUCAAAGUGCACACACAGAGAGAGACAGAGAGAGAGCAAAGUGUGUGAGGCUCUGUGUUUUUUCUAUUAUUUAGUACCCCCAUCCCAACUUAGAAGCUACUGUGCAAUAGACUUGAUUGCAAGAAGACUCAAAUGCCAAAACAUUGAAACCUUAAGGUGCGCCGCUCAAGACAUUACAUAUACACAUACACACACAUAUAUACACUAAAGACAAA